AUGAAUGAGAUUUGUCAUUGGCAAAACAAGCCUUUUAUUGAAGUUUUGCCUCAUCGACAAGAGCACAAGAAUAAUGGAUCGAAUGUAAGAAAGAAAAUACAGAAAAACAAAAGGAAACGUACAACAUUUACAACAGAGCAGUUAAAAGUUCUAGAGAAAACAUUCGCCAGCUCGAAAUAUCUGAAUAGUGAACAUCGUCGAGACCUGUCUAAAGUUCUGGGACUUGCUGAGAAAUGUUUAAAGGUUUGGUUCCAAAACAAAAGAAUGAAAGAGAAAAGAGAAGCUUCAGAGUCAAGCGAUUCAAGCGAACAAUAUAGUGAUUCUAUGUCAAUUGAGUCACAAAUAGGUAGUCCAGAAUUAAAUACGCAAAUGAACUACCAGAAAAAAAUAAUAAAACAAAUGAAAGAUUAA